AUGGGCCACCCAGUCCCCGAUCUCGAUGAAAUAGGCAUCAAAGCCGAACCCGAGCUCGCAGACCAAUUCCGCCGCGAAGUCGCAGACCUCCUCGAGCGCAAAAGCCUCAACUUCCCUGGCGCCCAACCCGUCUCCUUCUCCGCAAAACACCUCGUCGAACUCCAAAAGGAAGACUACUACGUUUGCGAAAAGACCGAUGGAAUCAGAUGCUUGAUGUACUUCACCAGCGGUGAUCCGGAAUCCGACACGCCCGAAGUUCAUUAUUUGAUUGAUCGAAAGAAUGAUUAUCGAUAUGUGCCGCAAUUACAUUUCCCUUUACCCAAUGACGAGACCUUCCAAUCCUUCCAUGUAGGCACACUUGUGGAUGGGGAGUUGGUAAUGGAUACAUACGAAGACGGGUCGACGCAGUUGAAAUACCUUGUUUUCGACUGCAUGGUGCUCGAUGGAAGAAGUCUGAUGCAUCGAACACUAGACAAACGACUGGCCUAUUUCAAAGAGAACGUCCUCAAACCUUAUAACGCCAUGUACAAGAAAUACCCAGAAGAGAAAAAACAUCGCAUAUUUGCCGUGGAGGAUAAAUCAACGCAAUUCAGUUAUGGUAUUGAGAUGAUGUUUCGCGAAAUCAUUCCCAAAGUGAAGAAGAUUCACGGCAAUGAUGGGUUGAUUUUUACGUGUCGAAGCACACCUUACAAGAUUGGAACGGACGAGCAUAUUUUGAAAUGGAAACCGCCUUCAGAAAAUACCAUUGAUUUUCGAAUGAGGCUUGAAUUCCCGCUUUUAGAGCCGGAUACAGAUGACGAGGCAGAUGGGGUUGUUGAACCAUACUACGACUACGACGCCAUGCCUCUUUUCCAUCUAUUUGUCCUCCAUAAUAACAAUGAAUAUCGCGUCUUUGACCAAAUGUACGUUACGCAAUCAGAAUGGGAAGGGUUGAAGGCGCUGCAGAUGCCAUUGGACGAUGCGAUAGUUGAAUGCUACCAAGAUGACCAUGGACGGUGGCGGUACAUGCGGUUUCGAGAAGAUAAGAAAGAUGCGAACCACAUCUCGACAGUGGAGAAAGUCCUCGAGUCGAUUCAGGAUCGCGUCACGGAGGAGGAUCUUAUUCGUGUUGCACCAGCGAUCAAAACAGCUUGGAAGAAGCGCCAGGCGCUGAGCGAGCGGAAACCUGGUCCUCCUCCAGCUUCGGUUUCGGCGGCGUCGGCAUCGGUAUCAGCGCCAUCAGGAGGACCGGUGCCGAAUGGGAAUGGUGUGAAGAGAAAGUUUGUCGAGGAGUAG